UUCUUCGCCUUCAUACACUUUUGUUCCAAUUCCAGAAAAGAGACAAAAAAUCUCUAUUUGGUGGAUAAUUGGAAUAGCUACACUUGCCCCUAUAUUUAUUGUUGUUAUGCUUUUUCUUGCUGUUUGGCUUCAGGAAAUGGGAAUUAUUUAAAUUAGACGAGAUUUACCUCAUUAUUAGGGCUGGGAAAAACAUGCAAAUGCAUGUUUUGUAUGCGGAUAUGCCUUGAUGAGAGAAGCCCAAAAAUGGUAUUUUUACAUUGGUCCGAGCAUUUUAGGACCCGGUUCCUAAUGCAUAUUUUUGCAUAUUUCGGCCCUCUCGUGCAUAUUUGCAUAUCGAUGCAUAUUUUGGCAAAUUUUGCAUAUUUUGCUCCAUAUUUCGGCAUAUUUUGGUAA